UCCAGAUCUGACCUUACUUCUCUCACAGCUUCCUCUGUUGCUCCUUGUUGUUAUCGUUUCGUUUUGUUGAACUUCGUUUACUCUGUUAUCGUUUUGAUUUAUAGAUCUGGCCUUAUCACGAAUGAUCUCCAUCGAUUUUUGUGUGUAUCUCGUCAGAUUUUGUCUAUGUUAGCCUAUACAGUUAUCUGUGAUACGAAACGAUGUCGUCUACACGUGAAGAGAAUGUGUACUCAGCCAAGUUAUCCGAGCAAGCUGAGCGUUACGAGGAGAUGGUUGAGUACAUGGAGAAAGUUGCCAAGACUGUUGACUCCGAGGAGCUUACCGUGGAAGAGAGGAAUCUCUUGUCCGUUGCUUACAAGAACGUGAUUGGUGCAAGGAGAGCUUCCUGGAGGAUCAUUUCUUCAAUUGAACAGAAGGAAGAGAGCAGAGGGAACGAAGAACACGUGGCGCUUAUCAAGGACUAUAGAGGGAAGAUUGAAACUGAGCUUGGGAAAAUCUGUGAUGGGAUUUUGAAUCUUUUGGAUUCUCACCUUGUUCCUGCUGCUUCUUUGGCUGAGUCUAAAGUGUUUUACUUGAAGAUGAAGGGGGAUUAUCAUAGGUAUCUUGCUGAGUUUAAGACUGGUGCUGAGAGGAAAGAUGCUGCUGAGAACACUCUCGUGGCUUACAAGUCAGCUCAGGAUAUUGCACUUGCUGAUUUGCCUCCUACUCACCCGAUUAGAUUGGGACUUGCUCUUAACUUCUCUGUUUUCUACUAUGAGAUUCUCAACUCGCCUGAUCGUGCUUGCAGUCUCGCCAAACAGGCUUUUGAUGAAGCAAUCUCUGAGCUGGACACAUUAGGAGAGGAAUCAUACAAAGACAGUACAUUGAUAAUGCAACUUCUCCGUGACAAUCUGACUCUCUGGACUUCUGACCUCAAUGAUGAGGCGGGUGGUGAUGAGAUCAAGGAGGCGUCAAAAGACGAGCCUGAAGAAGGGAAGCAAGCGUAGACGUUGAAGUGACCAAGAGGAAGGGAGCAAGAAAUUUUAUAAGUAUGUGUGUUAUGGAUUUGACUUUAGUUUCUUAAAACAUUAUCAUAUGAGAUUUGUAGAAGCAGAGAGAAGAUCAUGAUUUGGUUUUCUUCUUUGGAAACUUAAAACUCUGUUCUUUUUUUAUUAUGGGGUUUUUCAAGCUGUUUGAGUCUUUCGUUGGUUUUACUUUGUCGUUUGUUAGUACUUUGUUGCUUGUUAGUAGUAUGAAGUGAAACCCAUCUUGGCGACAACUGCUUUGGUAGAUCUGGAAGCCUUUAAUUGCUAGUACCUCCUAACUCUUUUACGUACGAGUGAAGUUAAAUUUACACUGAAACACACUUUUUGAGAAUCUAAUAACUCAGAAAACAUAUUCUUCGCCGGUUGAGCACGUUGGAGUAUCAAGUGAAUUUUCAAUUUUCCCUUUAAAUAAACUUAACUCUUUUAUUCUGAAAACCAACGAUACAUUCUCUUACUUCUUAUGGUUUCUUACUGUUCUUCUAAUUCUCAUUAUGUUCUAG